AAAAACAAAAAUAAUUGUCUAUUCGCCAUUAAAAUGGCGUCAUCGAAGGAAACCUAUUGUUUGUGUGGUCAACCGUAUAAUAUUGGACAAUUUAUGAUAGAGUGUGAUUGCUGCCGUGAAUGGUUCCAUGGCAGUUGUGUUGACGUAAAAAUAUUUCAAUCGGACGAUAUAGACAAGUACCACUGCCCAAAAUGUGCGCAGACAUAUGGACCUUCAGUAUUAAAAAUGCCAACAAACAACCACCGCGCGGAUCGGUACGAGCUGGGCGCGGAGUCUCGUCCGUCGCAGGUGGGCACGCCGGCGUGGGUGAACGCGCUGGCGGCGCGGCCGCUGCGGCCCUCGCCGCACGCCACACAGCGUAUGCGCCCCCACCAGUUCACCGAGGAGUUUGUCAGGGAUAAUGGUUUCACAAAGCCAGUGAUAUUCACCACAUCCGAGGGUUUGGACAUGAAGAUACCGAGCCCCGCCACAUUCACAGUCCGGUCGGUGCUGAGAUACUGCGGUGCGUCUUUGGAGGUAGAAGUGAUAGACGUGAGGAAACAGGCGACGGUGCGGAUGACGCUCGGCGAGUUCGUGGACUACUUCGAAACGCCCAUCGAGCACCGAGAAGACAGAGUACUCAACGUCCUUAGUCUAGAAUUCUCAGAAACCAACAUGUCCCCGCUGGUGUCCGCGCCGGGAGCGCUGCGGCGCCUGGACUGGGCGGAGUGCGCGUGGCCGGCGGGCGAGCGCGCGCGGCCCGCGGUGCAGAAGUACUGCCUGGUGUCGGCCGCCGCCUCCUACACCGACUUCCACGUCGACUUCGGCGGCACCACCGUCUGGUACCACGUGCUGCACGGACAGAAGAUAUUCUAUUUAAUACCACCAACGUCGACCAACUUGGCGUUGUAUCAACAGUGGUGCGCGUCCAACAAUCAGAACGAAAGGUUUUUCGGCGAUAUGGUGGAGUGGUACGGCACGGCGGAGCUGUCCGCGGGCCAGACGCUGUUCAUCCCGAGCGGAUGGAUCCACGCGGUGCUCACGCCGUGCGACUCGCUCGUAUUCGGCGGGAACUUGCUGCACUCAUACGCCAUAGAGAUGCAGUUGCAGAUCUACGAAAUUGAGCGUCGCGUGGAGACGCCCACGAUGUUCCGGUACCCUUUGUUCGAGGCGAUGCAUUGGUACGCGGGCGCGCAUCUGCUCAUCAUGCUGCGGCGACAUAAUGAAGAGACACAGGACGAAGACUUCAUAAUAAGCGAGAGCUGCGUGCAGUCGACGCCGGCGCAGCUGCCGCCGCUGCUGCUGCGCGGCAUCAAGAUCCUCUCCAACGCGCUCAAGGAGUGGCACGCGCUCAAGAGCACUGACGCGUCGAAGCGCGACAACGUGCCAAAAUGUUUGAACUCCGGCCAACUUGUUCGCGAACUGUGUAAGGAGUUACGGACCUUAGAGAAGAGGUCGUCAAGCGCGGCGAAUAAAGACAAGGACUUGAAAGUACGCAACAACGCAUCACCAACAAAACAAGCGAAGAAGCAACAGAGUUCCGCCAAAAAAUCCCUUAAACUCACCCUACCUAAACCCAUAAUGCAUAUGACGCCGAACGGAGAAUUCGUCGAAGAGAAACCGUAUGCCGACAAGUUCUACAUAGACAACAAAGAGGUUGUAUACCAAGAGAGGUUUGUUCAGAGCGUGGACUACGCGAACGGGUUGCCAGACGCGAAAUAUAUUGUCGAUAGUAAAGAGGUGGUGCUGCCAGAGAAAUACGCGUAUCAAACGUACGAGGAAGUGGCUUAUAACGACAAUGGGUAUGUGGAGAAGAUUGAUAAGAAGUCAGUUUUGAAGAUUAAGAUGAGUAAUUCGCCGUCAUCGUCGCGAGAGGAAGCGCCACCUCCCUACCCGUUACCAGAACAUUCGAUCCUGAAGUCCCAUCUGAUACGAGCUGAUCCCCCCACUUUGAAACCGAUACACCAAUGGACCAUAUCUAAGAAGGACAUAGGGGAGUACCAAGAGGAGCAAAUAUUGUUCACUAAUGAGAAUCUUCAGGCCAAUGUUAGAAUGGAGGGGCAAGAUUUGAAUUAUGGUCCGGGCAUGUAUUCGGCCGAGGACGUUCAGCCGGACUACCAAUACUCUGAGGCGGCAAAACCGGGGUCUUACCAACCGGAGUACGGGUACAGGCCGCAGCAGGUUGCCUACACGGUCAACAACUACCAGAGAUACGUCGACGUGCCCGACGCUACUGUUCAUCAGCAGGAAGAGAGUUACACUAACGUACCAGUGCAAGAGCCAAUAAACGGAGCGUACCAUCCCAACCCGCUGCCCUCGUACGACGCCGCCAUCGCUCAGCAGUACGCCACUAACAACUAUCCGCCGAGCACAGCGGCGACGGCGAGCCCGGGCGGUGGCGGGGGCGGCGGCGGCGGCGGCGGGGGCGGCGCGCUGCCCGUGCGGCGCUCCGAGCGGCCCGUGCGGCGCCGCGUGUCCACCACCUACGACUACGAGGACUGCGACCUGUACAUCGACGACGCGCCCGCGCCGCGCCGCCGCAAGCCGCCCCGGCACCGCGCCGCGCAUGCGCGACCACACGCAGCCUCAUCGAACACUAACAGCAGCACCGCCAACACGACGUACAGGCAGCCUCCCAACAGGCCCGCGCCGACGAACGGCAUCGAGUCGCUCAUACAGGCCUCCGUGCUCGCUGAGGAGGAGCAGACCGUCGACGCGCCGUCGGUGUCGGCGGGCACGGGCAGCGAGGACGCGGCGGUGGCGGGCAUGCUGAGCAUCAGCGAGCGGUUCUCCGCGCCGCCGCGCACCUUCGGGCUCGCGCACGCCGGCCGCGCGCGCGACCUCGCCGCCGGGGAACACCACAGCACGAGCACGCCAAGUAGUAGUAAACGGUCGCGCAAGCCGACGGCGGCGGUGAGCAGCGCCGACGAGGACUUCGUGGACGAGCAGGACGUGAUCAAAGAGGUGCAUCGGGACGAGGAGUAUGUGUAUCCAUCAUUAGACAUGAGUUCGGACGAGGACGACGAUUGGUCGUUGUCGCGACGGCGGCGGACCACUAGGAAAAUAGACAAAUCUAAGAGUGAAAAGGACGAGUCGUGGUCGCCGCGCGCGCGGCUGGGCCGGCUGGUGCCGCGCCUGCGCGGGCCGGCGCGCGGCGUGCGGCGCGAGUGCGUGCGCGCCGCGCUGUGCGCCGCCGCCAACCGACACCGCGCGCACCAAAAUGCAAAGAGAGCGGUCCUGGCGACGAAGAGCAGACGGCCGCCGCCACCCGUACACAAUACGCCAAAUAAUAAAAAUAUAAGACUGAAAAAAGGCAUGAAAACUGCGAAACAGCGUCUCGGUAAAAUUCUCAAAAUACACAAAAUGAUAUAUUAAUCACACAAACACACCAACACACAUUAUACUUUAUCGUGUAGAAUGUAGUGACGUAUGGACGGACGGUGUAGAUGUAUAUUUUAUAUAUAUGUAUUUAUAAUGGACCAAUGUGUGAAGUGGAUGCGGUUAUUUAUUUUUUUACAUACGUAUAAUAUUAGUGUUUUGCUGAAUGACGAUAUAACGUUUACGGUUUGUUCAAAAUUAAUGUUUUACUUUCGUUAAAACAGGUUAGGUGUUCUAUGACUCGUAUAAGCUCGUAUGAUAUUCGAUUAACCGCCAUUUUCAAAAAUCGAAUCCAAUCGUUUUUUCUAACUAUCUCAAAAAACGUAUGUUAUUGAUUAACUGAUAUUUUCAAAAAUCGAACCUUUUUGUACUAUUUAAAAUUGGAUCAAUCAGAACAAAGUUCUUUUUGACAUGCUUACAAAUGGGUUGUUUUGAUUGGUUCAUUUUUGGAUUCGUAUUGAACAUUGAGAUUGGGAUAGUUUAUUAAAGACCGCUUCAUAUGUAUGUGAGUUAGUUUGCGAGUAUAUUGCGUAUAUUAAUUAGCUUUGUUUAUAGAUGUGAAAAACCCAAUUUUGUGAUACUGGCAGUGACUAUAAAUGAAUUAUAUAAUAUCAGCCCUGUAUUAUAUACUGUCUCACUGUUGGGCACGGGCCUCCUCUACUGCUGAGAGGGAUAAGCCUUAGUCCACCACGCUGGAUUAAUGCGCAUUGGUAGAAUUCAUACACCUAAAUUCCUGUAGAGAACUUCUCAGGUAUGCAUGUUUACUCACGAUGUUUUCCUUCACCGUUAAAGCCAGUGAUAAUUCACAAAGAAAACACAAUUUUAGAAAAUUCAGAAGUGCGUGCCUUGGAAUUUGAACCUGCAGACAUUCGUCUCGGCAGUCCGUUUCACACCCAAUUAGGCUAUCACUGCUAAAAUAUUAUAUGAGCUUAUAUGAGCAUGCAUCUAUAAAAGGCCUGAUCUAAAUUGUAGCCUUUACGAAUGCAAAUGAAACGCUAAAUCGUCAUUCGACAAAAACAAAAUUUAAUUCCGUAUAAGCUAUUGCCAAAAACUUAGGCAAUAAUGGGAGUAACAGUUUGUUUCUGUCUUUAAUUUUACCAGGUCCUUGAUUUAGGAAUAUAUUUCUUCAGAAAUUGUACCAAUUAGGUACUCGUAUGGGGGAUUAAUUGGAAGAAUUUUGAUCUGUUUGUGCCUUUAGGCAUAAGGAUGCUAGGUAAUUAGGAAGGUAAUUGUCACAAAUUAGACAUUUAUCACUAAUGGAAUAAUAACCCAUUAUUCAUAAACAUUAUUUAUCUAAGGACCGAGCAUCCCUGUGAUAACAAGUCUGUUUCUCAGCUUUGUUUAUCUGACAGCCAAUUGGAUUAAAGUUGUAUCUCAAUUAGCCAAUCACAACGGCCCUAUGUCUACGCACUGCGAAGGCUGCCAUGUCGUAAGCACUGAAAAACAGACUUGUUAUCUCAGGAAUAAUCAGUCCUUAGAUAAUAAACGUCUAUGAAUAAGGGCGUAAGACUAUAAGUAUGCGACUUCAUUCUGCAUGUCUCAUACUAUAAGGUCAAUAAAAUAAUUUUUAUACGAUACACGCCAUUUAAGUUUGAAAUUGUUUUCAAAUAUCUACUUCGUGACAAUUAUUCUCAGGGCCUGGCGAUACGACCCAGUGUCUGAUGUAAACUUAUAAUAAAAUUAUUGACAUUUUUAAUAAUAUUUCCCCUCAUAAAUCCUGACAAUAUAUGAAUUAGAUUCAAUGUAUAGAUCUUUCAAUUAAUAUAUAUUUUGGCUAUCCAUAAAAGAUCUGAUUUGUAUUAUUAAUAAAUUAGUUUGUAUGAGAGUAAAGUAUUGUAGAUUGACAUUCACAAAUUUCAUAAUAAAAAGACAUAUUUUCACACGCAUAAGUAACCCACCUCUGUAUUGAUGUAUAUAAGAUUACUAAUGACCUGUGUCCAAACAUGUCCGAGUCAUUUUUGGGACGGGUCAAAUUUGGCCUUUUCAGACGAUGUAAAAGUACACGUUUUAAAUUUCAAAUGUGUCCUGUUUAGGGUGUUUGACCUGAUCUGUUCCAAAUUUGACCCGGAUAUGUCUGGAUACACUCGGAAAAAAAAUAAAAAAUUGCUUAAGCUACUUACAAAACACUUUUCUGUUACAUUUAGUGAUAGUAGAUGUAAGUUAUGAGUUGACAAAUGUUUUAUAUUUUUUUGUUGUACUGUGUUUAAGGACGGUAAGCACUAGUUUGCAAUAAAACAGUAUUUUUCGGUGUUCAAUAUUUUAUUUAUAGAGCCGUUGCUUUGGCUUGUAGUGGAUGAUCGGUAAACAUAACUAGUUAUAAACUUUAUUCCUUCUAUGUCAGGGUUUAAAUUUACUUUUUCUAAUUAAAAUCGUGUGGGUCAUUUUUGGCACGUCAUAAAAAAAAAAUAAGUUAAAAUGUAUGUUAAAAGUCUGGUAUGUUUUUUACUCCAGGAAAUCUCAAUUUAUAACUAUUACAUUCGACUAAAGAAAUUUCCUUUCCAUUUUUUUUUAAAUUAUUCAAUGCCGUCCUUGUUUUUUUUUUGUUAUUCUAAUACUUAUCAAUGCAUUUUUUUUUUACAUACACAUAUUUUUUUUUAAAGUUGCAUAAUACUCGAAUUAUAUUGCAUUAGCUAACUCACUAAUGCACAGUAUACAGUAUUAUGGGACUAGAAAUCGAUGCACUAUUCAUAUCUUAAUAAUACAUUAUCCAAUACAAGUCAAAUGUUUUCAAAACAGAUUCUUGCCUCCGUGUUUUGCUGCAAUGAAGUGCACCUUUCCGAUAACCAAACAGGGUGUGUUUUUCUAUGUAAUAUAUCACAUUGUAAGUUUCGUGUAUAUUUCUAAUCAUUAUUAAUAGAUUAUAUGAUAAUUCACAAAGAUUUUUUUAUAGGUGUGGCUAUGAUGAUAGUGCCUGUUUCGCUUUAUUCGAAUGGAUGUUCAUGAAUGUAUUUUUUUUUAAGAUAAAAAAUCAGUUGUAAUUUUUUGACUAUGAUACAAUUUUUACUAAAAUACGCUUAUGUUAGGUUAUAAGACUCAAUUUCAGUUUUUUUUUCACAUAUGAUGCCUUCUUGGAUGUGAUUGCACGAGCGAGUCCGAGCUGUUGGUAGUUUUGGUUAUGACUAUACGCUUCUAUGUCGCGUACAAACAGACAAGCUCACGCACGCUAAUAUACGCUGGUUCGUAAAAAAAAAAUUAAUUAAAAAAUAUAAUUUGUGGACGUUCAUUCUUGAUUCUUUAAAUAUAUUUUUCUUAAACCAUUAGCAAAACGAAGUAGUUUUUUUUAUGAUUAAGUUAGGUGUAAGUGUUUUUUUUUGUGUGGGUUUUUGGGGUUACUGAAUUGUUUUUUUUAACUAAUCUAAAUCGCAUAAUAUUCAUAAAAUAAACACACGAGUGUAUUAUUUAUUCAUAUAUAAUUGAUUUGUUUUUGUAUAUACAAUGCUAAAUCAAAAAUGUGUUUUGUCUUAUGUUUGUUCGUUUAUGUUUUGUUGUUAUCGAACAAAGAAAGUCCAAACACAAAAUGUUAACCUUUUAGCAGCUGGGACCUUGACAUGACCAUCCAAUUCACUAACCACGACAACCCUAUAACACAUGGAUGUAAAAAUCUUGAAUCGCCUUAAAUAUGUAUGUAUUUAAGAUUUAUUUUAGCUGUGUUGUUGGGACGUCUGUUUUUCAAUUUUUUUUUCGAAAUAAAUAGUAGAAAAUUAAUUUAUUGAUCUAGCAACAUUUGACAAUUUUUUAUAUAGAACACGUAUUGAAAAACAGGUGUCUUCUGUUAGAAUUAUGCGACAUAGCUUAAAAAUGAUAUUGUAAAUUAUGAUUUAUGUCGAUUAUAAGUAAUUGUUGUGAAAGAUGAGUUCUCACGUA